ACGGAACCACUUCCUCUCAGUUGAAAGUGCAACGUGCUAACGUGCGCGCUUUCACUGGAGGGGUGUCAACGCUUCCGUGAGCCAUGUGGCCAGUUUGAAUAUGAAAAUACUGCCGUUCGUUUCUGUCGCGCGCGUAUUCGUCCGCGUCCUCGUGCUUCGGAUAUGUCCGUGAACGCACCGAAGCACGAGCUGACCCAGCUGAUCUACCGACACCUGAAGGAGCAUGGCUUCCACUCAGCUGCCGACGAGCUGCAGAGGCUCAACCCACAGGUGGAGACAAACUUAUCUGCAUCGUUACUGGACAUCUACAGUUCAUGGAUAAAUGACUCAAAAAAGAAAAGGCAGUCUAACUCAGCCAAGAAGACCGGUUCUAAAGAAAAAGGAAGGACGCCGGCUAAAGUCUUGACAAAGAAAAAGAAGGAUAAACUGGGGAAUGAAACAGAGACACCAAAAAAUAAGUCUGUGCCAGCAAAAAGGAAAAAAACGGAUGGAAAAUCUGUAGGAAAUGUCACCAAGGCAAAGAAAUCAAAGACCCAAACAAAGGACAAAGUCGUGUCUGCUGGUGGAGAUGAUUCAGAUUCUGACAGCAGUCUGGAUGAAGAGAAAUGGAAGAAACUUGUCCUGCAGUUGACAGACUCUGAAAUAGCCAAGAUGGACACCAUCAACGCUCUGGAUUCCUCUGCACCACAAUCAAAGGCAAAGAGAGUCAGAAAACCCCGGGCUAAGCCUCCAGCAAAAACUGUAACCCCCAUUCAGCAAAGUGAUGGGACAGUUGAAAAGAAGGAAAUAGCCAAGAUGGACACCAUCAACGCUCUGGAUUCCUCUGCACAACAACCAAAGGCAAAGAGAGUCAGAAAACCCCGGGCUAAGCCUCCCGCAAAAACUGUAACCCCCAUUCAACAGAGUGAUAGGACAGCUGAAAAGAAGGAAAAGGGGGAGGAUAAAGCUACAGCAGAGGCACCAACAAAUAACAGUGACCACAAGAAGAGCAGUCCAAAAAAGACUGCACCUGUCACCUCCUCUGCCACGGCGAGCCAAGAGCAAAACUUCAACACUGUAGAGGACCGACCAACUACAUCCACUGUCUCUCCUUCAAAACAGACACCAGUGAAAGAGAAACGGAAAGUCAUGACUCCCACUUAUGAAAAAAAUGAUGAGCCACCGUCUGAGCCCAAGAAAAAGAAGAAGAAGAAAAAGGAGAUGACUGAGGUCAAGGUGGUAGAGAAUGCCAAUGAGACUGGUGAAGGCGGAAAAGAAAAAGCGAGUAAAGUGGAGAGGUUAAAAAAGAAUGAAGUCAAAGUGCAAGAAUGUGUUGAUAAAUCUGUGGAGGAGGAGAGAAGGAUGAAGGGACAGGAGGGAGAUGGGAAAAGUAAUGAUAAUGAAGAUGAAAUGGUGGAGAAAAACAAAACUGGAGAUGCUGAUGAUGAGAACAUUUCAGAGCCAGUAGUUACAAUAAAGACACCCAAGAAGAAGAAAAAGGAGAAAACUGCUAAUGAGAAAGAUUCAGAGCAGAUAUCUGAAGAAGUAAUGGAAAAUACAGUAAAGAAAGCAAAGAAGAAGAAAAAGUCAGAGGUGAACGCUGAAGAAGACACAGAAAAUGCAGAGCAGGUAGUGGAAGAAAAAAAGGCUAAGAAGAAGAAAAAUGAGGCUGCUGAUGGCGAGGAAAUUUCAGAGCAAACAGUUACAGAAAACAAAGUGAAGAAGAAGAAAAGGAAAAGUCCCAAUGAAGAAAAUUCAGAACAGAUAGUUGAAGAAAAGAAAAAGGAAAAAAAGGACAAAUGUGAUCAAAACGAGAUGUCGGAGCAGAUCGCUGAAGACAAUAUGACAACAGAAAGCCGUGACGGAGAGGAAAGGCCAGAGGAGACACCUAAAGGGAAGAAGAAAAAGAAGAAGGACUCGUCAUUGCUAAGUAAUUCAGCUGACAUGGAUCCACUAUCUCAACCCAAUCCUGAGACACAGAGUCCUCCAACGGAGAAGAAGAAAAAGAAAAGUAAGUUGAAAUCUGCCGAUGUCCCAGCAGCGUCUGUCCAAGACACUGCAGCAACACGGACCCUCCUUACACCCUCCAGUGACACCCCUAAAAAGAAAAAGAAAUCCUCCAAGGACACAAAGUCGUGAAGACGUUUGACUCUUCAUCAGCACACAACCUAACACAUCCUUUUCCACUCAACUUGUAUUCAUAUUUUCAUUUUCAAGUGUCACUUAAAAUUGUAAAGAUGGAUUGAUUUUUUUUAUUUUGAUACUUUUUAUUUUUAACUUUUUAAUUUGUUCACCGUGCUGAAUGUGUGGCGCACUGUGACACAGUUGUCUUUUUAACUCACUGUUUUAUAUGAUAAUUUCCAUGUUUUGGCAUGAACCUGCAGAAGGGAUUGUAACUGUUUCAUGGAAUGGACGAUCCCCCUCAGGAUGUUUGUGAUAUUCAGUCACUGAUUGAACAUGUCUCUUCUAAUCUCCUUCACCUUCAGUCUGAGGGAUUUCCCCCUUGAUAUUCUAAAUCGUACUCUCCUGAAUCACAAACCACAUCUCUGAUUUUUGUUGUGUUCCAAAUAGAAUAAUGACAUGAUUCUGUCGUCAGGAUACUGUAUGUGUAUGAUUUAUUACUACAGCGUUCUUGUAAGUGGCCGUAAAGAAGGAUUUGAUUAUGAUAUUUGAUUUGAUUUUGUCGAUUUUUACAAAAUGAUAAAGAAAUUAUGAUAAUAGCCUAUUUUGAUAUUUGGAUUAAGUCCAAGUUGUGAAAAGCAUGUUGUUGUUUUAAAAGAUUGAACUGUUGGAUAUGCUUUUCAUACAAAUUAAACGCUAUAGUUUUUGUAA